AUGGCUCCUCAAACCUCCAGUAUUGCAAUGGCUCUUGCUGGCAAGACUGCUUCAGUUGAUAUUCCGCAUCGUGCUGGCCUCGAUGGCGGCCGCGUUCCUACCCGCGGACAGCCCGCGAUGCUGCCCACGCCACCCAACUCGAUCUCUCCCACUCUUCCUCCUCAGGCCUUCAAACAACGCGUGACGCUGUCGCCUGGAUCACCGCUAUCGACCGUCCCCCAGUUGGACUCCGAUAUCGAUCUCCAGGAUGCCGUCGACCACGCAGACCAGGACCCUCAGUCCGCCGACCUGGACAGCGCGGGCGCCAUCACCCCAGCCAUGCUCGCUAAAUACCACCUCCCCGAGAUCCUUCUGCAGCAAGGCCCCCUGGCCAUUCGCCACGUCAUGGGCCACCUGACCACCUCGGUGCCAGGGUUCUCGCGCAUUCCGCCAGCCAAGGCGCGCCGCCUGGUGGUCGCCGCGUUAGAGGGUCGUGGAAACGGCGGUGAGGCUGGUGGUCUAGAUGGUACUGUGGUAUUUGAGAAGAUCGGCUGGGGCCGCUGGGACGCGCGCCGUCGCGGCGAGCCUGCGCGCGAGCGCGACAUGCACGCGUCGUCGUCCCCUCCCUCCAGUGUGGCCGACUCGUUCCAGCAGCGUGGUCUACAAAUCCAAGGCCAGUCCGGUUGGCAAGUUCGGCACCCUUAUCGGCUGAGCUUUGCCGAGUCCACGGCAUUUUCAUAUAACGACGACUAUGGCAUGCACGGUGACCACGAUAUGCUGGAACACGAAGCGGACAAGAUGUCUCUAGACGGCGAUGACGGCGAGUACUGUUCUUCGUCUGAGGCUCCGGACGAAAUGCAAGAGAACGAGUGGGAUGAAGGCGAUGUCACGGAUGAAGAGGACUGGGCGCAGAUCGGCGCGGAUGCGCUGCGCGCCCGUUCGCUCAACACUGGCGGCAUGUUCAACAACUCCGCUGCGCGUGCAAAGCCCCAGCCUGGACUCUUCCCGGCUGGUCCUGUGGCCAAAUCGGCUCCCCGCACGUUCGAUACUCAGGAACGCGCCGCGGUGGAGGCUCUUCUCCGCCUGGGCUCCAUGUAA